GCUCCUCAGUCACGACACAAAUUCCUUCGAGCUUGCGGGAGCUCGACUCGCUCGUCCGAGAUUUUUCACCACGAGAUUUCGUGUCGGAGUGGAGGUGGUGGUGAAGGUGAAGGUCCGGACAGGUCGAAGCGAAAUCGAAAUUGCGCAGGACUCCACUGCAGCGCUCGGUGCCGGGGGAGGAAUUGAAUUGUGCCGCGGGGGAGUGAGGAGGCUUAGAAGCGAUGAGGGCGCCCUUUAGGGGCGGAGGUGCCAGGGGAGGGGGUGGUGGGUUCCGGGGAGGCGGGGGCGGACGAGGUGGUGGAGGCAGAGGAGGCUUUGGAGGCCGAGGCGGUGGCGGGUACCGUGAUGAAGGCCCUCCCGAGGAAGUCAUCGAGGUAGCUGUAUUCUCUCAUGCCUGCGAGGGAGAGGCCGUGACGAAGCUGACGCACGAGAAAAUCCCGUACUUCAACGCUCCCAUCUUUCUUGAGAAUAAAACUCAAAUUGGGAAAGUUGAGGAGAUUUUCGGUCCCAUCAAUGAAGCCUACUUCUCAGUGAAAAUGCAGGAGGGCAUUAUUGCCACGUCUUACAAGGCCGGAGAUAAGUUCUACAUUGACCCGAACAAAUUGCUGCCUCUGCAGCGAUUUCUUCCUCAACCCAAGGGCGCCCCUGGUGCUGGCGGCAGAGGAGGAGGCCGCGGUGGGCGCGGUGCUGGAGGAUUUCGAGGUGGUAGAGGAGGAGGAGGUAGAUUUGCAGGAGGCGGCAGAGGCGGUUCUGGAGGAAGGUUUGGGGGCGGCAGAGGCCCUCCUCGGGGUGGCUUCCGCGGAGGAGGCGGUGGUGGUAGGGGUCGAGGAAGAUACUAAUUUUGCGAAGUAUGGACCUCCGAUGUCCUCUUUUGUCUCAACGAGGGGAUCCGACCCUUCCACGGCUCCACCUGUGUUCUACAGUGCAAGUAUCGAUUCGAAAAUUCCUCCUUGCUUGUUGGUAACUCUUCAGCUGAGCAACGAAAUGCUGAUCGAGGCCUCGCUCCAAAAGCGGAGUGUAAGAUUCUUACCGGAGGACUGCACGGGACAAUGGACGCUAAAUUUUGUAGGCGGAUGCAAUACUUGUGAAGUACACUGUUCAAUAGAGUUUUCAACUGUGCAUAUAUGAUCACUUGCGUGCCUAGUACGAGUCAGUCUCUUGUAUUGCUGCUGGUCACUGUCUCUUUGGGGCACCUUGUGCCGCCUGCUCGAGCGGUGUGGUCCACUUCUCAUCAAACCACUCAUCUUUGUUCCAGGCCUGUC